CGCGCUCCGGCGCUCGGGUUCUCGCGGCCGCUGGGGCUGGAUGGAGCGACCUCCCCGCGGGCGGGCGCAACCCCGGUGCCGCCGCGAAACUCCGCCUGCCGAGUCGCCAAGGAGCGAGCCGAUCCCUCCUCUUCCCUCCCCGAAGCGCAGUCCUCUGCACAGACACCGAAGCGAUUACAUAGUCUCUACCCCUGCGCGUCUCAGUCCACAAGCCUUCCACCUAAAAGAAGAGACGGGAGGACAAGAAAAAGUGCAAUCAGACAUCCCGGGCGCCUUCCUCCGAGUUCCCGCAGACUCCCCUCCUCCUACUCCAUAGAGCCCCCAUCGCUACCCUCGGCGCGCUCCUGCCCUCUCCCAGGCUGCUUAAUCCUUCCUGGUUCCUCCGAGAAAAGCGAAGUUACUUUUCUUUCCCUGCAGAGCUGGAGCCGUCUUCGCGCAGAGAGGUUGCAGGGGCCCCUCGGGGAUGAGCGCGCGGCGCGGGACGCAGUGGAACGGGAGGGGGCGUGCCGAGCAGCCCAGAGUGUGCCGGGAGCGCGGGGGAGGGGAGGUGCCGGGCACGUCAAUGUCACGGCUUAAUAUUUAUCCCUACAUCAUUGUGUUGCACUGCUACCCACCCCGCCCCCCCGGGCCUGGGCGUGCAGGGAGAGGGGCUCCGGGGUGCCGUGGGGCUUUCGGGGGUUGUGCCCAAGCUGCUGUGGAGGGGCUGUGGGUCCACCCGUGUGGGGCUGCCGAAUGUGGGUGGGGGCUCCCGGGACCCUGUAACCCGAUGCUGGGAGUGUGCGAGGAGGGGUGGUCAGACAUCUGCUGGGAAAUUGCUUCCUUUCUUUCUACUUUCAGUUUUUCUGCGAGGAGACAUUUAAAAACGACUUGCACACACAAAUGGUCUUUUUGGGGUAAAGAAGUCUGGACUGGAAACGAAAUUCUUCCUCCGACUCGGAGGACCUCCCUGGUGGAAACCCAUGAGGUCGGGGAGGGCUGGGGCUCCCGCUACUCGGGAGUGGAGGAGCGGUGGGGCCCCAGAGGGGGGAGUCGCCCAAAGGACCGUAAGGGUGGGAGGACGGGUUAUUCGUCGCACUUUGGCUUGUCAUCUCCUGAGAGAGUAACUGCGGGAGGAAGUCGUAAUCCAGGGCCGCCGCGGCCUCGGCGGUACAUUCGCCACGCCGGCCGCGUGUCUGGAAUCCCCGGGACACCUCGGAAUUACCUGCCCCGCACCGCCGGCCGCUCGCCUCCUGCCAGGAGUUAAACAAAUGGCGCGAUCCCCACGGCGUGCUGGCAGAGGGGACCGCAGCGAGCGCAGGGCCCCUCACACUCCAUUCAAAGCUCUCCUUAAAAGUUUGACAUAGUGCUUCAACAUUUCCGCAUUCCUCCGCGACUACAAAGGCUGCAGCCGCCUCCUUCUGCUUUCUGUCUCUGCUCUCUGUCUUCACACUCAAUGAAAUCCUUCAUGUGCCUCUCCCGAAGCCUGCCAAGCACCGCAAGGGUCGCCACCAGCGCAGCGACAAGAGGCCGCACGGGGACCACGACUCCCGCGUGUGCGCACACGCAGAUGAGCCCCACGUGCACACUGUGGGGCGCGCUGCGGGGCCCGGCGCUGCUCACCGCGGGGUGUGCGUUCUAACUCGGAUACUGCAAAUUAAUAAAAGUAAACUGGGAAGCUAAA